GUACUCGUCGCCGUCAUCAGCUCAGCUUCACACUUAUAAAUAACGACUUUCGGCGCCAUUUCGACUCAUGCUAUUCGCGCGCGCAAUCAAAUGGUGGAAAUGGCUGAACACCAAUCUCUCCUCCUCCUACUCUUAUUCCUCUUCACUCUGAUCUCCGGCAUCGAGUCCGCUCGACCGGCGUUCGCUUGCGGGGGGCCGGCGACCGCGGCGAUGCGAUUCUGCCAUCGAAAUCUACCCAUAAAGGUUCGCGUUAGAGAUCUAAUCGGACGGCUGACUUUGGAGGAGAAGGCACGGCUGCUGGUUAACAACGCGGAGGCUGUUCCGCGGCUGGGAAUCGGUGGAUAUGAGUGGUGGUCGGAGGCUCUCCACGGCGUUUCCGACACUGGGCCGGGGGUGAAAUUCGGCGGCGAUUUUCCCGGCGCCACCAGUUUCCCUCAGGUCAUCUUAACUGCUGCCUCCUUCAAUGCCUCGCUCUGGAAGCAAAUCGGAAGGGUUGUGUCCACAGAAGGGCGGGCCAUGUAUAACGGGGGGCGGGCCGGGCUUACGUACUGGAGCCCCAAUGUGAACAUAUAUCGCGAUCCUCGUUGGGGCCGCGGCCAAGAGACUCCGGGAGAGGAUCCAACUCUCUCUGCUAAAUACGCCGCUAGCUACGUACGCGGUCUCCAACAACCCACCGCGGCCGCAGCCGGCUUUCUUCGCCUCAAAGUCGCCGCCUGCUGCAAGCACCACACCGCCUAUGAUCUCGACAAGUGGCACGGCAUCGACCGCUUCCACUUCAGUGCUAAGGUGAGUAAGCAGGACAUGGAGGACACAUUUGAGGUGCCAUUCAAGGCCUGUGUGGUGCAAGGGAAGGCGGCGAGCAUCAUGUGCUCUUAUAAUCAAGUCAAUGGAAUCCCCACUUGUGCCGACCCAAAUCUUCUUCGUAAUACUAUCCGAACACAAUGGGGUCUCAGCGGAUAUAUUGUAUCGGAUUGUGACUCCGUUGGCGUCCUCUACAACUACCAGCACUAUACAGCCACUCCAGAAGACGCCGUGGCUGUUACAAUCAAAGCUGGACUGGAUCUAGACUGCGGCCCAUUUUUCGCCCUGUACUUGGGAAGCGCGAUCCAGCAAGGCAAGCUCAACAUAUCUGACGUGGACAACGCGCUGGCGAACACUCUGACUGUACAAAUGAGGCUCAGAAUGUUCGAUGGCGACCCUUCUUCACAACCUUACGGCAAUCUCGGCCCAAAGGACGUCUGUACCCCUGCCCACCAAUCCCUUGCCCUCGAUACGGCCCGCCAAGGCAUCGUCCUCCUCAAAAACCAGGGCCGCACACUUCCACUCCGCCCUUCCAAUCUCCGCUCCGUCGCCGUCAUCGGCCCUAACUCAGACGUCACCCAAACCAUGAUCGGAAACUAUGCCGGCAAACCGUGCGGCUAUAUAACGCCAUUACAAGGAAUAAAUCGCUACGUCAGAACUGUUCAUCAGCCGGGCUGCAUCGAUGUUGCAUGUUCCGGUCCGAAUCAGCCUAUCGAUUCGGCCGUGAACGCCGCCGGGCAGGCCGACGCCGUCAUCGUUUUUGUUGGGCUCGACCAGUCAGUGGAGUCCGAGGGAUUAGACCGCGAAAACCUCCUCCUCCCCGGCAGGCAACCGGAGCUUGUUCAGAAAGCAGCCGCCGCCUCCCACGGCCCUGUCAUCGUCGUUCUGAUCUCCGGCGGCUCCUUAGAUAUCUCCUUCGCCCGCGAUGACCCGCGGGUAUCUGCAAUUGUUUGGGCGGGUUAUCCAGGCCAAUCGGGCGGACAGGCCAUCGCAGACGUCCUUUUUGGAGCAUAUAAUCCCGGGGGAAGAUUGCCGAUGACGUGGUAUCCUCAACAGUUUUCUGAUAAAGUCGCGAUGACCGAUAUGGGUAUGCGGCCGGACCCGGCCCGAGGAUACCCGGGCCGGUCCUAUAGAUUCUAUACCGGACCAGUAGUUUACCCCUUCGGUCACGGCCUCAGUUACUCCAAAUUUGCUUAUGCCAUCGCGCACGCUCCGGCCGAGUUCGCCGUAAGAAUUGACGGCAGCUUUCAGACUGCUGUUGCGAACUCAAGUGAUUCCGUCCGGGCCGUUCAGGUCAGUCAAGCCCGAUGUAGCGAAUUAAUCGUACCCGUCCACGUGGAUAUCACGAACCAUGGAGAUUUGGAUGGGGUCCAUUCCGUACUGAUUUAUUCGACGAGGCCAAUAGGUGCAGAGACAUGGGUCCCACGACGGCAGCUCGUGUCGUUCGAAAAGGUACACGUGGCGUCCGGAGAAACAACUCGCAUGAAAUUGGGUGUGGACGUGUGCGCGGGAUUAAGCUUCGCUGAUGAUGAUGGGAUUAGAAGAAUUGCAAUCGGCGAUCAUAACUUAGAAAUCGGCGAUCUAACUCACAAGAUCUCGCUCCACGCCGAAAUUAUUCCGGCGUAGGCUAAAAUGAAAAAAAUGUGAAAUUGGAACAUUGUUUACAAAUAAAGGUGCGAUUAAAAAUCUCAAGAAAAAAAGAAUAUUUAUUUCAGAUGCAAAGAUUAAAAGAAAAUAAUUAUUCAUUGUAUGUAUCUUGAAACAAUA